CUUCGCACAUGUCGCGUGCUUCAAAGUGAAAGUAGAUGUUCGAGAAACAUGGCGAGCACGAGUGAUUUACGCUUGGAUGCAGAAGAAUUACGUAAACUUCUUGCAUUAGCUGAACGCAAACGUGUUAAGGACCUACUUACAAUUGAGCUUCGAAAAGUGGAGACAGAAAUAACAGCUCAUGUUGAGCGUGAGGCAGCAGCAGCUAACCAGACUUCUGGGACAGCCCCUAAACCAGUUUCAACAAAACCACGCCUGCCUACAGUGGACAUCAAGAACUAUGCCUGGGACCAGUCAGAGAAGUUUAUGAAGAUCUAUGCAACAGCCCCUGGAGUUCAAGAUGUGCCUAAAGAACAAAUCACUUGUAACUUCACAGAAAGAUCAUUUAACCUACGAUGUUCAGACGUGAAGGGAAAAAACUACACAUGUGAAGUUGUACAUCUGAUGGAACCAAUAUCUCCUCAGGACAGCCUCUUCAAGGUGAAAACUGACAUGGUUUUAGUAAUGCUGAAGAAAAAAGAGACGGGAAAAACCUGGCCGUACGUCACUGUUACAGAGAAGAAAGUGAAAGACAAGCACAAAACUCCGGCCAUGGACAAAGACGCGGACCCCAAUGAAGGCCUGAUGACGAUGAUGAAACAAAUGUAUGAAGAUGGCGAUGAUGAGAUGAAGAGAACAAUAGCAAAAGCAUGGACCGAGUCGCGCGGAAAACAAGGACCAGGAGAUAUGCUUUGAUGUUGAAGAAAUCAAUGCUUUUGUGUGACUUGGAUUCAUGGUCCUUAUUUGGUUCUGUACUUUUACUUGCUAAAGAGUGGACUUCGUCUUGUAAAAGACAAACAGUACGAGGCAAUAUGCUCUGAUCUUGUAGAAGAACUGAUUUAUAUUUCUUAGGCCUACCAAAAUGGACACUUUUUUACCAGAGAAUGCUAACAGACCUACCACAACAUAAUAUUGUACUAGUCGUUGAGUAAAUUUGCGAAAAAAGUGAUUUUAUACGAACAAAAUUUUUGUGACCAAACAUAUCCAUAUGCUUCAUCACUUCUUUUAUUUUGUUGAUAAUGUAAAAAAUGCCCGCAAAAGUAUUGCUAAAGUUUAUAGAUUAUGAAAAAAGAAUCACUCAAAAAAAGUAUUGCUGAAGUUUGUGAAAAAAGAAACAUUUGAUUUAAGUAUUACUAAAGUUAUAGAUUAUGAAGAAAAAAAACACUUAUAAAAGUAUAGUUUGUAGAUUGUGACAAAUGUACAUAGAACAUUGUUGUGCAACCACUUCACUGUUAACAUGACCUAUUAACUAUUAGGCCUAAAGUUAUGAUGAAACUCUUUGAAUGAAUGCUUCUCAAUACUAUGUGUAAGCAUUAGGCCGAUUGUUCAAAACUUUGUUAAAGUAUCAAAUGUGUUAACAGUUUCAUCAAAGGAUGAGCUAGUGUUUAUAUAUAUAUUUAAAUAAAACAAGCCCAGCUGAAACGUUGUCUCUAAACUUGUUAAGUUUAACUGCCUAUCACAAGGAUGUGGAUGAAACUUCCAGACAUGAUCCUUGCUGUAAACCUUACCACAGUUCUGAACAAUCGGCCAUUCGCUAACUUACUGACUAGUUAAAUAUGCUGGUAUGCAUACAUUUGAAAGCCCAGCACUAAUAAAACGAUCUUCAGGGUUCUUAAAGUUUGACAUUUUGUAUCCAGUAAGUUUUUUUUGUAUCCAGUGAGACCAAUGCAUGCCUCUGCAAGAAACUGACCUUGAUCGCUUAAUGGUGAUUUGAUCAACGCAAAAGUAUUAAAGACAAACACCAGUUCUCUGUAGCAUUUAGCUUUAUUUGGGGAAUUUUCUUAUAAAUACCUUUUUUAUUACACAUUUCAUUAUUACUCAUUGUAUAAAUAGUACAUAAAGAAUAUGAAUUACUA